GUCGCCAUCUGGCGAACGAACCGAUAGUCAGUCCUGUCAAAAUGGCGCUCAAGGGACAAGUCGGUCAAAAGAUUAUGAACGAGGUGAUCAAGCAAAAGAAGAAGUCAACAGGUGGGGUAGAAUGGCGAAUCUUGGUAGUGGAUCAGCUUGCAAUGAGAAUGGUGUCCGCUUGCUGCAAGAUGCACGAUAUCAGCGCUCAGGGUAUUACCCUGGUGGAGGAUAUCAAUAAGAAGCGCGAACCUCUGCCGACGAUGGAAGCCAUUUACCUCAUUACGCCUUGUAAUCCGUCGGUGCAGAAAUUGAUCGAUGACUUCAGUAAUCCGACAAGAACAACUUACAAAGUCGCCCAUGUAUACUUCACAGAAGUAUGCCCGGAGGAGCUGUUCAAUGAAAUCUGCAAGUCUCUUGCUGCUAAAAAGAUCAAAACCCUCAAAGAGAUCAACAUCGCAUUCUUGCCGUACGAAUCGCAGGUCUUCUCAUUGGACUCGCGUGAAACUUUUGCUUGCUUUUACAACCCCUCUUUCUUUAAUCUGAGGUCAGCCAAUAUGGAGCGUAUUGCUGAACAAAUUGCAACACUUUGCGCCACACUUGGAGAAUAUCCAUCAGUUAGAUAUCGCAGUGACUUCGACCGCAAUGUUGAACUCGCUCAAUUGGUGCAACAGAAACUAGAUGCAUACAAAGCUGAUGAACCAACAAUGGGAGAAGGACCUGAGAAAGCUCGUUCUCAAUUAUUGAUUUUAGACAGAGGAUUUGAUUGCGUCUCACCUUUACUACAUGAACUUACACUGCAAGCUAUGGCAUAUGAUUUGCUAGACAUUGAUAAUGAUGUCUACAGGUUUGAGGCAACAGCGGGUCAAGAAAAAGAAGUAUUAUUGGAUGAAAAUGAUGAUUUAUGGGUUGAACUUAGGCAUCAACAUAUUGCCGUAGUCUCUCAGAACGUCACUAAAAAUUUGAAAAAGUUUACAGAAUCAAAAAGAAUGCCGCAGGGCGAUAAGCAAAGUAUGCGAGACUUGUCGCAAAUGAUCAAAAAGAUGCCGCAAUAUCAAAAAGAAUUGAGCAAAUAUGCUACACAUUUACAAUUAGCCGAAGAUUGCAUGAAGCGUUAUCAAGGAAAUGUAGAUAAACUUUGUAAAGUGGAGCAAGACUUAGCCAUGGGUACUGAUGCAGAAGGCGAACGUAUCAAAGAUCAUAUGAGGAAUAUCACACCGAUUUUACUUGAUCAGACUGUAAAUCAUUUGGAUAAAUUACGCAUUAUAGCUUUAUACGUCAUUAGCAAAAACGGUAUCACGGAUGAGAAUCUUAAUCGUUUAGUUCACCAUGCCCAAGUAUCUGUUGAUGAUAAACAGACUAUUGUCAAUAUGGCAAAUCUCGGCAUUAAUGUUGUUGUAGAUAGCAAUCGUAAAAAGUUGUAUACGGUACCACGAAAGGAAAGAAUCACAGAGCAAACUUAUCAAAUGAGCCGUUGGACGCCAGUCAUCAAGGACGUUAUGGAGGAUUCUAUUGAAGAUAAACUUGAUUCUAAACAUUUUCCGUUUCUUGCCGGCCGUGCAGCUAGUUCAGGAUAUCAUGCACCAACCAGCGCACGAUAUGGACACUGGCACAAAGACAAAGGUCAACAGACUAUCAAAAACGUUCCUCGUUUGAUUGUUUUUAUAGUUGGAGGAAUGUGCUUCUCUGAAAUACGAUGUGCAUAUGAAGUUACAAACGCAUUAAAAAAUUGGGAAGUCAUAAUCGGUUCAUCCCAUAUAAUUACACCAAAAUCAUUCCUGAAUGAUUUAAGUAAACUACACGUCUAAAUGGUUGAUAUUUAACAAAAAGAGAUAACAUUCCUGAAUUCUUAAUUUGCCAUUAGCUUCAAUUCCAUCAGUAAUACCAUUUAUGAAGCCAUGAAUGAUCUCGAGGUAUAAAAUUAGGCUAUUUAACUAAAUAACGAACACAGAGUCAAUUCUCUUUAAGCGAAAGCAUUUCGGGCAGAAAUUAAGCAAGUAUCCCGUUGUCAGUUGAAUAACAAUGAAAGUAUUCGUGUAUUAAUAAGAGCACGAAGAGUCUUGAUCAGACCGAGUUAUCAAGUGCCUGCGCGAAUACAUAAUCAGAAAUCGUAUGAGACAUUUUGGCAAUAUUGAUAUAAAUCGCACGAAGCUGUAUAAUCGAGCCUUUCAAUGGUAUCGUAAUCGAGUCUUUAGCAAAGCUCUAGAAAUAUAUCAUCAUUAUUCUUUAUUAGUAAUAAAAAGGAAUUUGUGAAGCUGUAUCUUCACAGAAAAGGAUCGUGAUAUUCCUGUACAUUUCUUGUUAUUAGUAUUUUGUUAUUUUUUUUCCUCGUUGAAAUUUACCAUAUUCAAAUUGACAUCUUAUGUGUAAAUUGUUUUUGUUCUCAGCAUACUUUUAU